AUGGCAGUGCGCUCGGUGGCUGCCAUUGCUGCCGCUGUAGUCGCUGUUGGCAGCCGUGUCAUCGCUGCACAUGCAGCAGCUCACAAUGGCAUGUGGCUGGCCACAGACGACGAUGAUGGCCGCGGUGGCUUUGAGGGCCACGACCACAACCCGUUGGGAGCAGACAGCGACUCCAUGCUGCACAGCGACCCGGCCAACUGCACCGUCAUGUGCCCCACGCUCAUGCAGUCGCCUCAGCAGUGGCCCCUCUGGGUCGUCAUGUCCAUGUACGCCAUUCUGUUGGUGCUCGCUGUGGCCGUGAUGCGCCUGUCUCCACUCCGCUCCUCUCGGAUGGUGCUUCUCUCGAUGCAAGUCUGCCUGCUCGUCAUCAGGAUAUUCUGCUACAUCGUGAAAUUGCCGUGGACGAAGCUUGCCGUGCGCAUUGUCAUCAUCAUGCUUCCCAUCUACCUUCAGUUCAUCACGUUCCUGCUUGUCGCCACGUACAUCCUGCGCAUGUUCGUGACCAUCUACGUGCGCUAUGAGCGGCGCGACCGGUGGCUGACGGUGCUCAACUGGGUCGUGGUCUCCGUCGCCCUCCUUAUAUUGGGGAUGGACGUUGGUCUUUUCGUCUACUGCUCGCAGGCCGACGACCCCUGCGGCAACGUGAAGGAAGGCUUUGACCACAACCUGGCGCUCUUCAGUGCGCUCACGUUUGGCUUCAUCACCCUCGUCCUCGGUGCCAGCGGUGUUCUUGCCCGCCGCGUCAUCCGAAAGUGCAGGAAUGACAGCGAGGAGUCAAAGCGCAUGCUGCGCAUCAUCUUCCGUGUGCUGGUGAUGUACACGUGCGUGUUUGCGGGACGGUCAAUAUGGGCCAUCACAUAUGCUGCCGGCGCCAACCGCGCGCAGGACUACAUUGCACACCUCUCCCGCACCAACAUCACGAGCUUCUACGCCACCUCCAUCGCCUUCUUCGGCACCUUUGAGUUUGGGUUCGGCGAUGACCUCGUGGAAGACACCAACCCACCCCCACCCCCACCGGUACCGAGGCGGCGGGCAAGCACAGGCAGCACCCGCAGCAACAACAGCGACACCAGCACCAGCAGCAACGACUCUGUCUUUGACAACGUUGACGAGGAGUCCAAACCAACCGCACGUGUCGUCAGCAUCCUCGGCCAAACUGGGGUGGGAAAGUCUCACUUGGCGACGUGGGAGGUGUAUGGCAAGCGCAUGGGACCCUACGAUGAAUCAGAGACCAUCCGAGAGGUCAUCUCGGUGCCACCGACCACGACCACUCCCGGUUGCACGCUGAUUGAGCUUGGGCACGACCAAGUUCCCGAGGAGACGCGCGUGGAACACUACGAACACGAGAUCGACAACUCGAAUGGUUUCAUCUUGAUGUACGACACAACGCGCAGGGAGACAUACGACCUCGUCAAAUGGGUGCUGACGGAGCUGAUGCAGCGGCGGUCCAAGAUUGACUGGUCGUGCGUUGUCAUUGCAAACGACUUCAACGCAUCGCCGGAGUGCAAACCCGUCGUCGACCCCGCAGAAGCACAAGACCUGUGUGAUUCCUUCGGUGUCACAUUCAUGCAAGUACAGGACAUUUGUCAGCCCGAACACAAGCCCUUGGCACAGGUGCUGAAGGGCAUUGGGGGAAGCCACUCCAUGGUUGGAUAUCUGGACAAAAAAGGGGGCGGGUCGAGCGUACUUGGCCGUAAGAACUGGAAGCGGCGGUGGUUUGUUCUCGAUGACACCAUGCUCACCUACAGGCCCACGCCAGACUCACCCGGCGUCAAGGGCCGCAUUGCUAUUGAUGACAUGGAGGCGGUGCGCGACGGCGACGCAGACAAGCCGCAGCAGUUUGUGCUCGUGGCGAAGAAGCGAGAGCUCGUGAUGCAGGCGCCGACCCCGGACAAGAAGAUGAUGUGGGUGAACAAGCUGACAGAUGUGAUUCAGAAGCGGGGCCGGUUCAAGCGGUCGCUGUUCAUGUCACGCCGGUUCACGGGCACACAGCGCUUCUCGCAGUCGUCGCAGUCGUCGCACUCACAUAUCUAA